AUGACUUCUCAAUCAGCUUCUCAGUUGAAGGGGUUGUUAGACACAACUACAGAGUGCCUAAACAACUUUAACAAUUUGAAUAUUGACACCGGCUCUUGGGAUCCAUUCCUUAUAUAUCUUCUAGUGCAGAAGAUGGACUCGGAGACGCACAAAAACUGGGAAGAACAUGCAUAUAAAGAAGAAUCUGAAAACUUACCUACCUGGAGUGAUUUCAAGAAGUUCUUAGAAUCGAAGUACCGCACCCUGGAAUUAACAAAUCAGAAUAGUACAUCAAGGGAUACUAAAAUAAUAAAGGAGCGUUCAUGCCAUGUUGCCUCACCAGUUACCGAGAAAGUUUGUGUUAUGUGUAAGGAAAAUCACAGUUUAAGUCAUUGCAAGGAAUUCUGCAAGAAGGAACCUACUGAAAGGAGAGAAUUUGUCAAAACCAAACAAUUGUGCUUUAACUGCUUAGUACCAGGACACUCGGCAUUUAAGUGUAAAGUGCCAGUAUCUUGUCGUCUUUGUCACCGGCGCCAUCAUUCCCUUUUACAUGAAACGAAGAUCAAGCAGCAAGGAGAAUCAUCGGUCACGUUACCUCCGACUGUAACACAUGUAGAAGAAAAGCAAGCACUACAAGUCAAUACAAUGAUAGCGUCGCAUUACAAUACUAAGAAGAGAAUAGCAGCACUCUUAGCAACAGCAGAAGUGGAAGCAACAAGCGAGCAAGGAAACACCAUUGUACUGCGGGCGCUAAUAGAUCAAGGUUCCGAGGCAGCUUUUAUUAGUGAGAAGGCGACUCAAUUGUUGAAGCUCGAACGACAACCUGUAAAAGCAAGCAUUAUAGGGGUGGGAUCCCAAAGGACCGAAAUAAAACAUGUGGUACAGCUACGAAUACGAUCCCGAUCGGACCGAAACUAUUGUUUACCGAUCAAGGCAUAUGUUAUGUCCAAGCAACUGACCACAAAGAUACCCACCAAAACAAUCAAUAAACAAGAUUGGACACACAUUCAAGACCUCAACCUGGCUGAUCCAAAUUACUUUAAGCCAGGGUCUAUAGAUAUGCUCUUGGGUGUGAAAGAAUAUGCUGAAAUUCUGCAAAACAACCUAAUCAAAGGUCCACCCGGCACACCAAGCGCUCAAGAAACCAGCCUGGGGUGGAUUCUUUUUGGAGAAGUUAAUACAACACAUCAAAGCCAGUAUGUUGUGAUGCACCAUUCAGUUGACGUAGAAGACAUGUUGAAAUCAAUAUGGGAAAUUGACGUGGACACUAAAAGACACUUAACCAAGGACGAAAAACUGUGUGAAGAAAUAUACGAGAGCACAACAGCUAGAAAUGAAGAAGGAAGGUACAUUGUUAAAUUACCGUUUAAUACAUACAGUCCACAAUCACCUGAUGGUAAUACAAAAUCAAUAGCAGCACAUAGAUUUACACUAUUAGAAAAGAAAUUCAGAAAAUCGCCAGACCUGCAAAAAGAAUAUAGUAAAGUUAUAAAUGACUAUAUAAAACAAGGACACAUUGAGAAGGUACCUGAUAUAGAAAAUGAUAAAAGAGCUGUGUACUUACCUCACCACGCCGUUACCCGAGCUGACAAAGAGUCCACGCGAACACGCGUUGUAUUUGAUGCGUCGUGUAAAGGAUCAAACAACGUUUCGUUAAAUGAUGAAUUACUUGUGGGUCCUCAGCUGCAAGAAGACUUAAGAAACAUUUUGAUGAGAUGGCGCAUGAAACGAGUAUGUUUCAUGGCAGAUAUAAAACAGAUGUUCCGCCAAGUAUUAGUAAGCCCAGAAGACGCUGAUUUUCAACGAAUCCUGUGGAGGCAACAGGAAUCCGACACUCUGGAAGAAUACCGUUUACUCAGAGUCACAUUUGGCACAGCGUCGGCACCAUACUUGGCUGUUAAGACGCUGCAACAGGUAGCCAAAGAUGAAGCUAAGAAUAACAUUCUUGUUGCACAAACAAUAAACGAGGAUUUUUACAUGGAUGACCUUUUGUCUGGUACAGACUCAGUAUCUGAAGCUUUGUCGCUUUCGAAAGAAUUAUCAGUCACACUACAAAAGGGCGGUUUCCAACUUACGAAAUGGGCAUCCAACAGUAUCGUUUUAAUGAAGUAUAUCGAAGAGGAUAAAAGAUCUGCAAGAGCACAUAUUGAUUUAAACCUCGACGGAACUCUCAAGGCACUCGGAAUUGAAUGGAAUUUAAAAACAGACCAGUUUCGAUACAAUCUUAGAUUUACACCGAUAACCAAGUCCAUAACAAAACGAAAUAUAUUGUCUGAUAUACAAAAGGUUUUUGAUCCCCUUGGCUGGAUAGCACCAAGCACUGUUAUGGCCAAAAUAUUAAUACAAAAGAUUUGGCUUGAAAGAGUUAACUGGGAUGAACAGGUUAGUAACACAUUAGAACAAGAAUGGAGAGAAAUAAGAUCAGACUUCGUUAACAUAACUGAAAUAAAAAUAGAGAGAUGGCUUGGCACGAUGACUGUUAACAACGAUAAAACACAAAUUCACGGAUUUAGCGAUGCUUCAAUGCGUGCAUAUGCAGCGGCAGUCUAUGUAAGAAUUCACACUCUUGACAACAAAAUUGAAACAAAACUGAUAGCUGCCAGAACCAGAGUAGCACCAUUGAAGACAAUAUCAUUGCCUCGUCUGGAACUCUGUGGUGCCCUACUUCUUUCAAAAUUAAUGAAGCAAGUCGGACAAUCAAUGAGAAUUCCAACAUCACGAAUGUACGCAUGGACUGACUCUUCAAUCGUUAUCGCAUGGCUUAGUGGUGAACCUAACAGGUGGAAACCCUUCGUUGCAAACCGUGUGGUCGAAAUUGUUGAAAACAUUAAUAACAAGCAUUGGUUCCAUGUUCAGUCACACGAAAAUCCCGCUGAUUUGGCAUCCAGAGGAUUGUUGUUAUCCGACUUGAAGAAAAGUAACUUAUGGUGGCACGGACCGGGUUGGCUAUCUGAAACAAAAAUAAAUAUUAAACAUGAAAUGGCAGAAACAGAUUUGGAAAUGAAGAAAAUUAAAAUCAAUACUUACCUGAACGCAGAACGGAGUGAAGAACCUGAAACAACUUUGAUAUCACAAUUUGAUAAUUUUGAAACAUUAACAGAUUUAAUAAAAGUGAUUACUUACUGUAGAAGAUUUAUAAACUAUAAGAAAAAUAUAAACAGUGAAAAUCAGAAUUUAACUACACAAGAAUUAGAAGUUACUCUGCAGAUCUGUAUCAAAAAAACUCAAGAAGAAGAAUUUAAAGAAGAGAUAGAAAGAAUAAAAUUAGGAAAGCAAGUUAAGAAAAGAAGUCAGCUACGAUGUCUAAAUCCAUACCUGGAUGAGAAAAAUGUACUCAGGGUGGGCGGUCGCUUAAGACAUGCUAACUUACCUAAUGAUAAGAAAAAUCCUGUGAUCCUGGGGAAUAGAAACACACUAGUACAGUUAAUUAUUGCUGAUGCACAUGACAAAACACUUCAUGGAGGUGUACAGUUGAUGAUAUGUCACUUACGUUCCAAAUACUGGAUUAUAAGAGUUAAAUCACUGGUGAAGAGACAUAUUCACAAAUGCAUGAAGUGUGCUCGUAUGAAUGCCACAACGAAAGUACAGAUAAUGGGGGACUUACCUUUGGAAAGAGUUACCCCGACAAGACCGUUUCUGCAUAGCGGCGUAGACUUCGCAGGACCGCUCCAAACACUAGUGUCUAAAGGAAGAGGCAACAAAACAAGGAAGACAUAUGUGGCAAUUUUUAUCUGCAUGUCCACCAAGGCAAUCCACCUAGAACUCGUUGGAGACCUCACUUCAGAGGCGUUUAUAGGCGCUUUUAGACGUUUUGUUGCUAGAAGAGGUAAAUGCAGCCAUCUGUGGUGCGAUAAUGGUAAAAACUUCGUGGGUGCAAACAGAGAACUUCAUGACUUGUGGAAUGAAGCACAGAUGACAGGAGAAGUUACAUCCACGUUAGCGACAGAUGGUACACAAUUUCACUUCAUCCCAGCAUAUAGUCCAAACUUUGGGGGAUUAUGGGAGGCAGGCGUGAAAUCGAUUAAGUACCACCUAAAACGUAUUAUUACAACUCACCUCACGUUUGAGGAAAUGACAACAAUAUUAUGUCAAAUAGAAGCCUGCCUGAAUUCACGCCCGCUGUGCCCAAUAGAUACCAACGACCCUGAAAACUUAGACCCAUUGACUCCUGGCCAUUUUUUAAUUGGAGAACCACCGAUUGUGGUACCCUCACCUGAUCUGCAAGCUGUGAAGGUUAAUAAUUUGUCACGUUGGCAACAUACUCAAAAGAUUCUUCAUGACUUUUGGCGACGCUGGCAAGAGGAGUAUUUGACCAGGCUACAGCAGCGUCCUAAAUGGAUGAAGAAAGAGAAGGAAUUUGCAAUAGGGGAUAUUGUGUUGAUCAAGACAGAGAAUCUACCACCCAGCAAAUGGUCUUUAGGACGAAUUAUAGAUAAACAUCCAGGCACAGACGGUAACACGAGGGUAUACAGCGUGAAGAGUGGAGAUUCUAUAACCAAGAGAACCAUUACCAAAUUAUGUGCAAUGCCGGUUGAUUCUACUUAG